AUGACAGGUAUACUUAUGGACUCUUCCUCACCUCCAUGUCUAAGUCCACUGCUGCCCAUUGCUACACAUACUCCAGAGACACAUGUCCACAAUUCAAGUCCCAUUGAGUUAUCACAUGCAUCCCGCCCCAUUAUCGAGUCACAUACCAAUGAAGGAAAUAAUGAGUUACCUGAGUCCCCAAACAACACUGGUUCACCUGAAACAUUUCCACCACAAGAGCCUCACAUGUCUGACAAGCAACAUAUCACAGCUCAAUUGAGAGUGAUUGAAACACUCGAAUCAUUUCACCAAAUUCCUAUUCCUUCAGCACCAUGGAUCACCCGAUGGUCACUCGGUCCAAACUAUGGGUGGUAA